AUGUCUUACAAAUCUGAUCUUUUGCAUCGUGCUAUGGAAAAGCAAGUGCUUAAAUUUGGCACUUUUACGCUAAAAUCUGGACGUCAAUCUCCUUAUUUCUUCAAUUCUGGAAAUUUUACUCAUGGGGCUGAUUUGAGUGCACUGGCAAACUCAUACGCAGAAACAAUUAUUUUCAUGAAUGUUGAAUUUGAUGUUUUAUUUGGUCCCGCUUAUAAAGGAAUUUCUUUGGCCGCAGUAACUGCCGCCAAGUUGUACGAGAAGACUGGCAAGAGUUACGGCUUUGCAUACAACAGAAAGGAGGCCAAAACCCAUGGUGAAGGUGGAAACCUUGUUGGUGCAGAGAUGGAAGGAAAGCGCGUCUUGCUCCUAGACGAUGUGAUUACAGCUGGAACUGCUAUUCGGGAAGCCAUCUCAUUCUUAGAACCUAAGCGUGUUCAUUUAGCUGGUAUUGUCCUUUUGUUGGAUAGACAAGAACGUGUAGAUCCUGCCGUAAACGAAAGCACAAUUGGAAAGUUGAAAAAUGAGUACAAGGUUCCUAUUUCUUCCAUUUUGACUUUGGAUGACAUUGUUGAGUUUACAAAGGCUGAAUUAUCGGCGAAGGAGUCCAAUGCGAUGGACGCUUACCGUGGACAAUACCAGGCUAAGUAA